AAAACAUUAUUACAUCUAAUUUAUGUGUGCAUGCAUGCAUGUCGCUUUCCAGGUAGAAUUAAUAUAACACAUUCGAUCAGGCGUUUAAGAAAAAGAGGUGGUUGGAUCACGUUCAUACGCUCUCGCUCUCUCCCUCCCUCUCGACUCAUCUUCUUCCUGAGAGAGGGAGACGCCCAUCGCCUCUGCCAAUCAUAUUAUCUUCCCAACAAUAUAAUAUAAUAGGUGUGGUGGGUGAUUGAUUACCAGGGAAAUAAUUCGAAGAUCAACAUGCUCAUGCUCCUCUGAUUCUCGAUCGAUCUGAGUGUGUUUAUCAGGUAUUUUGGUUUCUGCGUUGCUGGGGUGGUUUUGGUGCGUUGAUUACAAUGGGUGCUUGCGUGUCGACACAAUCCCAGGCUUCCCAGCAGAUGGUUGGGUCGCGGAAGAAGCGCCUCUUCAAACGCCGCCAUGGGAAGGUUGUUCCAGGUUCUGUUCCUGAGGAUGCCAGGAAAAUGGAUAGUGAUUUUGUUCACACCACCACCACGUGCAGACGAUCUGCGGUUUCUAACUCCAUGUACCAUCUUACCCAGCUGCAAUGGCACCAUAGCCAAAGAGGUUCCAAUGUAAUUUGCCAAGAAGAGUCAUGGUUUGACACUGCUAGCAUUCUGGACUCUGAAACAGAUGAAGACUUUAGCAGUGUUUAUGGAGAUUUUUUCCCUAGCAGGCUAAGUGGGCAAGUGAUACAAUAUGAAGUCCAUGAAAGAUAUAUAAAGCUGGAUGGCAGUAAACCAGAUAAAGUUGCAAACAAAGAUUUCAAGGAGCCAAAAGGACUUGCACUUUUAACUGCCCCAGGCUAUGACCUCCCAUCUAUGAAGAAUCCUCAGGAGGUAGAUCUCAUAAACAAGAAAAAGUUGGACCGCGGUUAUGGCAGUUUUAAUAUUGUAUCAUCCAACAGACAUGACGCUGCAGGAGGCGAUAAUGUCUUGAAGACUGUCUUGCCUAAGCUGGGAAGUUCUGUGAGUUUCAAUGACAAGAUCAUUUCUGCGUCAAAUUCAGGAAUUUGUUCUCAAACCAGGAAAUCCACUGUCAUCAGNGAGUGUGUUUAUCAGGUAUUUUGGUUUCUGCGUUGCUGGGGUGGUUUUGGUGCGUUGAUUACAAUGGGUGCUUGCGUGUCGACACAAUCCCAGGCUUCCCAGCAGAUGGUUGGGUCGCGGAAGAAGCGCCUCUUCAAACGCCGCCAUGGGAAGGUUGUUCCAGGUUCUGUUCCUGAGGAUGCCAGGAAAAUGGAUAGUGAUUUUGUUCACACCACCACCACGUGCAGACGAUCUGCGGUUUCUAACUCCAUGUACCAUCUUACCCAGCUGCAAUGGCACCAUAGCCAAAGAGGUUCCAAUGUAAUUUGCCAAGAAGAGUCAUGGUUUGACACUGCUAGCAUUCUGGACUCUGAAACAGAUGAAGACUUUAGCAGUGUUUAUGGAGAUUUUUUCCCUAGCAGGCUAAGUGGGCAAGUGAUACAAUAUGAAGUCCAUGAAAGAUAUAUAAAGCUGGAUGGCAGUAAACCAGAUAAAGUUGCAAACAAAGAUUUCAAGGAGCCAAAAGGACUUGCACUUUUAACUGCCCCAGGCUAUGACCUCCCAUCUAUGAAGAAUCCUCAGGAGGUAGAUCUCAUAAACAAGAAAAAGUUGGACCGCGGUUAUGGCAGUUUUAAUAUUGUAUCAUCCAACAGACAUGACGCUGCAGGAGGCGAUAAUGUCUUGAAGACUGUCUUGCCUAAGCUGGGAAGUUCUGUGAGUUUCAAUGACAAGAUCAUUUCUGCGUCAAAUUCAGGAAUUUGUUCUCAAACCAGGAAAUCCACUGUCAUCAGGCUAUCUAUAACGCAGAUUAAUGAAUCACCAGAAGCUGCAGAUGCCGUUUGUACACCGAAAAAAUACCUUUACCGUCCAAGAGCAGGACUCAUAAUUCCUUGCUGUACAGACGAAAAACAGGCCUCAGGAACUUGGUCUGCUAUUGAGCCCUCAAAUUUUAAGCUCAGAGCUGAUACUUAUUUUACAGAUAAGAAGAAAGCCCCUGCUCCAAAUUUCUGUCCUUAUACUGCUAUUGGAGUUGAUUUAUUCAAGUCUCCAAGAAAGAUCAAUCACAUUGCACAGCACCUCGAGCUUCCCCCGAUGAAACCAGAUGAAAAUCUUCCUUCAUUACUCAUAGUUAACAUUCAGCUGCCUAAUUAUACUGCUGCAAUGUUCCUUGGAGAUGGUGACGGGGAGGGCACGAGCCUUGUCUUGUACUUUAAACUUUCUGAAGGUUAUGAACAAGACAUCUCCCCACAAUUCCAGGAGAGCAUUAAGAAACUAGUUGAAGAUGACAUGGAAAAGGUUAAAGGAUUUGCAAAAGAGUCAACAGUUCCCUAUAGGGAAAGGCUGAAGAUCAUGGUUGGGGUGGUUAAUCCAGAUGAUCUUGUAUCAACUUCAACCGAAAGGAAACUUCUGAAUGCAUACAAUGAAAAACCAGUGCUGUCCCGCCCUCAACACGAAUUCUACCAGGGUCCAAACUACUUUGAGAUUGAUCUGGACAUCCAUCGCUUCAGCUACAUUGCAAGAAAGGGACUCGAUGCAUUCAGAGAACGCCUGAAAGAGGGGAUUCUGGAUCUUGGCUUGACAAUCCAGGCACAAAAACCAGAAGAGUUGCCUGAGACAGUGCUGUGCUGUGUAAGACUAAACAAGAUUGACUUUGUGGACAGAGGACAAAUCCCAACACUGAUGAGGGUUGAGGAUAAUGAGCAAUGUUCCCAGAGUGGCAUCCGUGGACUGCUGACAGAUGCUUGAGGAAAUUAAAUAUCUGUAAUAAUAUAUAGUAUUAAAAUAGGAUUAUGUGAAAUAAUUAUUACUGUAACAUACCAUUAUCAGGAUGCAACUGCAUGCAUGCAAUGCAAGCAAUUUUGGCCCUUCUCCCCCCCAAAUGCAAACAAGAAAAGUUUUGCAUUGGUUUCUUUACAUGAUCAAUUAUUGUUAUGUGAUCAUGUAAUUUCUUUUGAAUUCCAUUUUAAGUUUUCCAGUUUUGUGUUAAAUGAUUAUUUAUUAAUGUCUUCAAACACAUUUACUCAAUAACACAUCAUCUUUGUCUA